AGCUGUAUUAAAUCUAACAACACACCGAGGACAGCCUGACUCCUGAGCACAUUACUAGCAGAGAACAACAGGAUUCCAUCUGGACUCAGCAAAUCUCGGCCACUAGCAGCCCCUGUGUUACACACUGUGCUGAACCCCGGACUUGAGACUGAAUACAGAAGAACAGAACUUCUCAUCUUUGCAGAGUUUUUUUGGAUCAUAUAGUUUUUGCUCCUGCUCUUGUAAAGAUUUCAGACUGCAGGAGGAUAUGUUAGGCUUCAGGGUGAUGGUUCAGUGUCACUACCUGCUUGGCUGUUUUGUAGUUCUGUCCUCAGGUAAUAAACUAUGGGAUGUCCCAGUUCCUCCGGAGCAACAGCUUGGUUCUGAAAGAUUGAACUGGGAGCCUCAAUGCCAGUACCAACUUCGCCAUCUACAGGAUGGUGCCCGCAUUACAUCUCUGCUGCCUCCAAAUGUAGAAGGUCACUGGAUCUCCACAGGAUGUGAAGUGCGGCCUGGACCAGAAUUCCUCACAAGAUCCUACACCUUUUAUCCUAAUCGGUUGUUUAAAGCUCUCCAGUUCUACUACAGAGAUCCUCAAUGCCAGAAACCCUCCUUCUCACUAGUGGUCAAGGGGAAACUGCGCCUUCGCCAAGCUUCCUGGAUAACAAGAGGUGCCACCGAGGCAGAUUAUCACUUGCAUAAAGUGGGUAUUGUCUUCCACAGCCAGGAAAUGAUGACUUCUGUUAGAGCUCAGAUGAACAGGACUUGUGCUGGGUUUGUGUCUACAGGCAGAGCUUGGGCACCAGGGAGAGUAUAUGAGCUCCUCAGCGCAAAGUCAGACAGGGAUUGUACCUCUGCUAUUGGAUUCACCAUGCAUGAGCUGAGUCUGGUGAGGCUGGAAAAGCAAUAUAUUGCACACCAUAUGGGAGGGUUAGUGGAAAAGCUCUUUCUUGGAGAUAUUCAUACAGAGAAGUCUGAGAGGAUCCAUUACAGACCAACCGGAUACCAACAGCCCUUACAGAGCGCAGUGCUUCAUAUGCACCCGUGCCAAGUCUGUGCGAUUAUCUACAAUGCAGAUGAACACCAUCCUCCUGUCUUACCAGAAGCUCCCCAUCCGCCAUCCCAUCUUAGCGGGAAAUGGGUAAGCAGCCAGUGUGAAGUGCGCCCAGCUGUACUCUUCCUCACUAGAUAUCUGACAUUCCAUGGGGACGACCGAACAUGGGAAGGAUACUACUACCACUAUGCUGACCCACUCUGCAAACAACCCACAUUUACACUCUAUGCUUCUGGUUAUUACACUAAAGGAAUCCGCUCAGACCAAGUGCAAGGGGGCACAGAACUAAUGUUCAAAGUGAGCAAAGCUAUGGUAAAACCAUUGAACCAGGGUACACUACGGAUGCUGAAUGCAUCAAAGCCUGGUAGUUGUGGAGAGACAGGAAGCUGGGGCAUAGGGGAGGAAGAGGAUAUCACAGCAACUGGAGGUUGUGACGUUCUAGGGAUCCGCCUUCCACACACGGAAUAUGAACUCUUCAAAAUAGAGAUGGACUCAAGUGGACGGCGUCUACUGUAUAUGGGUGAGAGGCCCACGGAUGGGACCAGCCCAGACACACUCAGCAAACGCCCAACAUCCUACCAACCCCCACUUAUUCAAUGUGCUGAGGAACCUGCACUCCCUUCAAGACACAGCCACUCUCUGGAUGUGAUACAAAACAGAUCGUCUUUAUUACAGCCUUACCCUGCAGUUUAUCUUUUAUUUAUUCUUAUAACGCAUAUUUUAAGACAGAACUGAUACUAUGCGGUUGAUUUUUUUUUAUUAUUAUUAUUUGUGCAGCUCGCAGAGCUUGGACACUUUCAGUACAAAAAGAUAAAAAUGAUCUUACAUUUUUACUUUUGUCGAUUUUGUAUAUAUUCUUCAAUCUGGUUACUGGACAUUGACAUUUAUAGAGAUGGCAAUGUCCAAAACAAAGAAUAUUUGGGUCUACAAAAAUAUUAAAAGGGACACUGACAGAUGUAACUAUAAGGUGAGCAAAACAGACAAUAACCUUAGAAAGUGCUGACACACUGGAAAGUGAAGGUACCAACCUAAAACCAAUCCUUUGCCUCUGCCUGUUUUAAAUUUAUGGUAAAUCCGUGCGUUUAACAAACACUAAGAUUUACCAUCACUAAAAAUAAAGUUGAGUUUAACUGAUAAAUUAUUAAAAAAAAGUUUGCUAAACUAACCCUGACUGUGCCGCUGUACCUCGCUAAACUCAGUGGCUCUAGCAGCCCCCAGCGUUCUUCUACCAAUCAGGUGACAUUUGCAUCUCUAAACCAAUAGCCGUGUGUGUCAGCUGACAGUGUUCUUUAUACUAGCAUGGCUAUUGGUUUAGAGGUGCAAACAUCACCUCAUUGGUAGAAGAGUGCUGUGCCGCGGGAGGCUGGAGCCGAUGAGUUUAGCGAGGUGCAGCUGCACAGUUAGGGUGAGUUUAGCACCCUUUUACUAAUAAUUGAUGACUUAAACUCCACUAAACACUCGGAUUUACCAUCACUUUAGGUUGUUAGUACUACCUAACUUAAACAAAGCUGCUAUGUCCCACACAUCAUAGAAUAGUAAGAUUUGCAUCAUAUUCAUUAUUUUGCCCAGGUUCAUUUAGAAUGCAUAGACAAUGAUGGCAUUUCUGAGAAUACCAUAAACAGAUUAUUUUUAAAUGUACAUCCUUUAAAGGGACAUAAAACACAAACUUUUUCUUUUAUGACACAGAUAACAAUUUUCCAAUUUACUUGUAUUAUCAAAUUUGCUUAAUUAUCUUAGUAUCCUUAGUUAAAGGAGCAGCAAUGCACCACUGGGAGCUAGCUGAACACUUUGGGUGAGCCAAUAACAGGAAGAAUAUACAUGCAGCUACCAAUCAGCAGCUAUCUCCCAGAUGUGCAUUGUUGCUCCUGAGUCUACCUAGGUAUCCUUUUUUUUAAAAAAAAAGAAUAUAAAGAGAAUGAAGCAAAUUAUAGAAAAGAAGUAAAUUAGAAAGUUGUUUAAAUUGAAUGCUCUAUCUACAUCAUGAAAGAAAAAUGUUGGCUUUCAUGUCCCUUUAAGGCAGGGCUUUACAAAGCCCUGAGCUAUGGCAUCUAAUAGGUAUCCCUGAUGCCCCCUAGGAUUCAAAUAAAUUUGUCUUUAAGAACUGUAGUGACCUGUCUUACAAUGAUGAUGUGAAUGCCAGGUGUUUAUCUAAUUUGGCACAAGGGUAUGGUAUUUAAAGUUUAUUUUUUAGUGCCGUUCUGUUAAAGGAACAUAAAAUCCCAAAUUUUUCGUUCAUAGAACAUACAAGUUUAAACAACAUUCCAAUUUACAUCUAUUAUCAAAUGCUCUUUCUUUUCUUGUUAUUCUUUGUUGAAAACCAGGGACAUACACUCAGGCGUGUGCAUGUGUCUGCAGUAGUAUAUGAAAGCAGUUUUGCAACAAUAUUAUACAUUAGGAAAAGCACUAGAUGGUAGCACUAUUUCCUGUAAUGUAGUGCUCCAGACAUGUACAUGCAACCUAUCUAGAUAUAUUUUCAACAAAGUAUAACAUGAGAACAAAACACAUUUGAUAAUAGAAGUAAAUUAGAAACUUUUUUUUUAAAAAAUUAUGUUCUCUAUCUGAAUAAUGAAAGAAAAAAAAUGAUUCCAUGUCCCUUUAAGUUUGAAGAAGGGUUCACAUUGACCAAAUCAUCACUGCUGUCUCUUUCAGAUGCAAGGGAAGGCUUGUGACUAUAACUGUUUAUAGAGUUUUAGUUCCACGACUGGAUCUACUUACAAAAUGAGAUCUGCACAGUUUAAGUAUCCAAAUAAAUUUUAAUGGCAUCAUUUUAAAAUGCAUUAGUCUUUGCUGAAAAGCAGAUGCUCUUGUACUCAGUAGCCCAUUGUAAAAGAUGGCCCCUGAGGUAUUUAACACUUGGGAGCCCAGCUUUUCUUACAUUGCAAUGAUCAGUUUUCUUGUAAGAAAAUGUUUCCCUAAAUACUUUUCAUGAUUAACUAUUAUGCCAACACCAUACAGUGAUGCAUGAUGUAUAUAUAUUUUUGUUUCUCAAUAUCUUCUGCACACCAGUUCCCCAGUGCACUUGACAUGGCUUUAACUUGCUAUAUUUGUACAAAAUGUCAAAAAUAAACUAUGAUGAUGAUCUAUUAAAGAAGCUGAAUUUACCUUAACUAAAUUCAAAGACUGUUAUAUAGAUGAACAAGCUGACAGCCGUUUGGUUAGAAAUGUUACUUAUUCAAGUCAGUAUAAUCUUACUGCCAGGUCUUGUUUUGCACUAAUAAAAAGUAAAAUGGGCAUGAAUGAUAUUAAACUGUAAAACUCAGUGACUCAGAACAAA